GGCGAGAUCUGUUCACUGCAGAAGGUUUUCCUCCAGAGGAACAUUGGACAUUAAAAACCAAAACAGGAAGCAGAAAUCUGUUUGAUCAUGGAGGCAAGAAGUUUGGAUUGGCUUUCUGAUAUGCAGAACUUGCACAAGGAGGUCAUGAGGAAUGGAGUGCUCAAGUCCACCCAGGUCAGCUCCCUUUCAAGUGGUCAGUCAAUCAAAGAUGUGAUUUUAAACAAAUACUACAUUCCCCUUUCAAUCAGCGUAGACGACAUAACCUUGGACUUGGAAAGUGUGAUUUCUCAGGAGUUUGGAGCAGGAAUUGAGGCUCGUAAAUUGCUCCUGUAUGGAGGACCAGGGAUGGGCAAGACCACGGCGGUGGAACGGCUCAUUUGGGACUGGGCCACUGGGAUCCAUCUUCAGCGCUACACGUUUGUCGUGCGACUGUGUCUGAGCGUGCUGCGUGGACCUGAACAGAGUCUGCAGAGCAUGCUUCUCAGCACAUACCCUCAUAUCUCUGCUGAGCAUCUUGAGAUAAUCUUGAAAACGCCUCACACAGUACUUUUAGUGUUGGAUGACAUCCAGAACCUUCUAUCGAAAUCCAGUGAAUCUGGUAAGCUGGUGUGUGAGCCAGAUCAGCCAGCAGGGGGCACUGUGUUGGUACAGAGUUUACUAGAAGGGUCUUUGCUGCCUGGUGUGUCAUUGUUUCUCACCUCCAGAGAAGGUGUUAAGCUCGAAUCUGUGCGUUUUGCUCACCUGAGGGGUUUCUCCAGCAUCCAAAGGAAAGCAUUCUUCCAGCGCUUCUUUGCCAACAAUGAGAAAGGAGAACAGAUUCUCCAUCACUGUGAGCAUGCUGUGGGAGUCGAGGAGAUUUGUGCUUGUCCUGGAUUUUGCUGGACACUGUGCUGUGUGUGCAAAGAGCAACUGGGGCAUCAAAAGUGUGCCCUGGAGACACUGAGCGGGCUCUACAGUCUGAUCACACACACACUACUACAAGAGCAUAAAGUGAGCAUGGAGGCAGCAAAGGAGCUUAUUUAUGGUUUGGGGAAGCUCGCAGAACAGUGCACAUCGGUCACCUGUACGCAAUCUGAUGUCAUUAAAUGUGGCCUUCAGUCCUUCCUGGGCUCCCAGAUCCUGUCUGCAAUUUUGCGCCCCAAUGCUGAUGAUGCCACUUCCAACAAUCCUACAUUCUCCUUUGUGUCUCCGACAUUCAAAGACUUCUUACAGGCAGCCUCCUUUUACCUUGACCAUGAUGAUGGCAGGAUCCUAGAAAAUCCCAUGGAAAUACACAACUAUCAUUUUUUUCUUGCCGGGCUUUCAGACCCUAUGCAGAGGAAGCUCCUGGAAACCUCCAUAGGCCUCUUCAGCAGCGGCCGUAUCUCCGAGUUCCACCGCUGGCUCAUGAGGACGGUUGCAGAGGUACUGCCGAGCAUAGACGCAGAAAAGCACUGGCAUGUUUUGCGUAUCCUGUACCACACACUCAGUCCCACACUGGUCAGGGAGAGCGUGAGGUCGUGCGAGUGGAGGAUGAUCGGCUAUGGUGGCAUGCAGGACGCAGACUGUACAGCCCUGGCGUUUGUAGUGCAGUGCUUGGGAGAACUGCAGCACCUGAACCUGUACCGUAGCUCACUGACCGAGGAGCAGGCGGAGAAGCUCAUGCCUGUCUUCCGCUUGGCCAAAACCAUCAAUUUGGCUCAGAGUACAGUGAGUAUGGGUGUGAUCAGACAUUUCGCUCGGGCGCUGAAGGACGGACGAGCCACCGAUGUCAACCUGAAGUACUGCAAGCUGGGAGACGAAGCAGUGAAGAUCCUGUGUUCCUCCAUCGCACACUCCGGCGUGCACACACUCAACUUGUGGGACUGCAACCUGACCCCGGCGUGUAGCGAGGCUCUCGCUGCGAUGUUGUCCACUUCUAAACUGCGUGAUUUGGACCUGGGAGCUAACAGCUUCAACGAUGAGGGACUGAUUCGGCUCGUUGGUGCCCUUGGGACGUCCACAUGCGCGCUGCAGAAACUUGGCUUGGAUCACUGUCCUUUGACAGGAUCGUGCUUGGCUGCGCUGUCAUCAGCUUUGACGUCUUCUCUCUCUGAGCUGAAGAAUCUGGUCCUGAGCAGGAACCUCCUGGGUGAGGACACUCUGGAACAUCUCUCACAAGCACUACAAAGUGGCCGCUCCAAACUCAACACGCUGAGUUUAUAUUCUUCUGGGCUGACCGGUUCCUGCUGCCCGUCCCUAGCAGCCAUGCUUCAGUCAGAACGCUGCUCUCUGAUCAACCUGGACCUGUCUGUGAACGAGCUUGGUGAAUCGGGCACGCUUCUCAUCUGUGAUGCCCUGAAAUCCCCCGAGUGUUCACUGGAAAAGAUAUGUAUGAAUGCAUGUGAGCUGACGGAGCCGGUGUUCAGCGCCCUGGGCAGUGUGUUGGUGAGUGAAGCUUCCAGACUGAAGGAACUUGAGAUCGGAGUAAACAAAGUUGGGGACGCUGCAGCCAAACACAUCCUGAAGGCCCUGAAACACCCUCACUGCCAACUCCAGCACCUCAAUCUGGAGAUGGUGAACUUGACGGACGCCUGCGUCGACGAGCUGUGUGAAGCUGUUCAGGCUUGUAGCUCUUUAACGAGCCUGAUUCUAAAGAACAACAAUCUCACGGAUAUUUCUGUUCCCCGAUUGGUCAAGCUCGUUCAAGACCGUCCAGUCUUGCAUCUGAAUAUGCAGUAUAAUGACUUCAGCGAGGAUGUUUUUGAGCUGAUGGACGUCUACGAAACGAUAGAAUAUUAACACAAUGUGUGCUUUUACACAGCGAGAAGCUUAUAGACUGCAAAGUGUUUUGAAUAUAUGCAGGAUAUUAAUGCUUCAUUUACUGGGAAUUCUGUAAUAAUGCACACUGCAUGGUUUAAUGUGUCCACGAGACCAGACGCAGAUUUACAGAAUCUCAGGGCUGUCUGUUUGAUGUGAAAAAUAAGUGCAUUUAAAAAAAAAAGAAAACCCUAAACUCAGUGCAUCACAUUUGUAUUGUAAUAUCAUGACAUUUUAAUAAGUCUGUCUGUUUAUUAGCAGGAUAUAGUGUGUUUUUUAUUUUAGCGACCCUAUGCUGUCUACAAGUUUGUAUUAGCAUGACUUUUUGUAUUUCUGUGUUUUACAAAAUUAUUGGUACCCUUAAAGGUUGCUCAAAUCUCAUCUCAUUAUCUCUAGCCGCUUUAUCCUGUUCUACAGGGUCGCAGGCAAGCUGGAGCCUAUCCCAGCUGACUACGGGCGAAAGGCGGGGUACACCCUGGACAAGUCGCCAGGUCAUCACAGGGCUGACACAUAGACACAGACAACCAUUCACACUCACAUUCACACCUACAGUCAAUUUAGAGUCACCAGUUAACCUAACCUGCAAGUCUUUGGGGGAAACCGGAGCACCCGGAGGAAACCCACGCGGACAACAUGCAAACUCCGCACAGAAAGGCCCUCGCCGGCCACGGGGCUCGAACCCAGACCUUCUUGCUGUGAGGCGACAGCACUAACCACUACACCACCGUGCCGCCCCGUUGCUCAAAUCAUUUUUUGUCAUUUUGUCUUUUUUUUUUUAAAUUGUUCUCAUGAACAUUCUUGCUCUUGAUUGUUUCUUUGAGCUAUAAAGAGUAUAUUAGGUGACAAAUCUGUGUAAUCCAUCGCUAUGUAUAAAAAAGUGUUUAUUGAAAACUCUGGUACAGCUGAACAUUUGGCAGGAAGAAAAUGAGACAUGAGCAAAGCUAUUCAGCGGGAAAUGAUCUGCAAAAUAUGAUCUGGAUCCAUGCAUCAGGGCAACGACUGAAAUUAAUCCAUGCAACAAUAAGAAGAAAUCGAUUAUUAUUGAAACGGGACACACACAAAUAUCAGUAUGAUGUGUAAAUAACAAAUCCUUAUAGAUCCCCCUGAAUGUCAUCAUUCAAAAUGGUCAGUGUGUUUUCCAAAGAUAAAGCUUAAAAUACACUUCACAACAAAAACCAAUGCAUUACACUCCCUGGCCAGUUUAUUAGGAACACUCAUACAUACACCUGCUGUUUUAUUAUGCAGUUCUCUAAUCAGCUGAUCCCUUGACAGUAGGGCUGCAUACCUAAACAUGACAUCAGGUACCGGUACAGAGGUUUAGGUACAGGUCCGGACCUGUACCUGAACAAUUUGACAAAUUAACGUGUUCUUCUGAACUUCUUCAGUAAUGACAGAAACAUUAAUAAACCUGUUGACAACU